AAAGAAAAAAAAACUCAAGAGUCUCUCCUCCAUUAAUGGAAGGAACCGUUUCUCUUUCUAUGUGCUGAUUGCUGAUGUAGCUCCCACGAGCUCAAGAGUAAGCUUCUACCGCAAUUUCCUCUAACUGAAACCAAAUCGGCUCUUUACUAAUUUUACAAUAAAGUUUCCUCUUUUAUCUUUCCUCUCUGGCUAAUUAAACUUUCUCUUCCUCAAUACCCCAUUCAAGUUUCAACUCUUCUACACUGUGUCUUACAGCUUCAUGCUCCAGGAUACUGAUUAGCAUUUCUCAAUUGAAUCAAACUGCUGAAGACAUCUGUAUUACAAGGAAACCAAACCAGUCAGGAAACAAAAAGUCUCUGUCUUUGGCCAUGGAGAACCCAUCAGCAUCCAGAGAUAAUAAAGGUUUCUGUUUUCCAGAUAUUCCAGUAGAAGAAAUGGAUGGCUGGGUUAAGAAUUUGAUCUCUGAAGAAGAUAUGUUUAGCUCCUCUUCAACUUCAGAGCUUAUGAAUUUCGAAUCUUUUGCUUCAUGGUGCAACAGCCCUUCCGCUGCAGAUAUCUUGUUCACUCAAUACGGUUUAUCGACCUCUCAAUCUAUUAUACCUUUCGGAGGCUUAGAAGGCUCAUACGCUUGCGAGAAAAGACCGUUAGACUGUACUAGUGUUCCAAGGUCAUUGAGCCAUUCUCUUGAUGAGAAGAUGCUCAAAGCAUUAAGUUUGUUUAUGGAGUUCUCUGGAGAGGGAAUUCUGGCACAGUUUUGGACUCCUAUUAAGACAGGAGAUCAGUACAUGCUUAGUACUUGUGAUCAGGCGUAUCUGCUUGACUCGAGGCUAUCUGGAUACCGUGAAGCGUCGAGGAGAUUCACUUUCUCUGCUGAAGCAAAUCAAUGCUCUUAUCCAGGUCUUCCAGGCAGAGUCUUUAUCUCUGGAGUUCCUGAGUGGACAUCAAACGUUAUGUAUUACAAGACUGCUGAAUAUUUAAGGAUGAAGCAUGCAUUAGAUAACGAAGUCCGUGGUUCGAUUGCAAUUCCUGUCCUUGAAGCAUCAGGUUCUUCUUGUUGUGCAGUUCUGGAACUUGUGACAUGUAGGGAAAAACCAAACUUUGAUGUGGAGAUGAACUCUGUUUGCCGUGCUCUGCAGGCCGUGAACUUACAAACAUCAACUAUUCCUCGUCGCCAGUACCUUUCAAGUAAUCAAAAAGAAGCUUUGGCUGAAAUAAGAGAUGUUCUCAGAGCAGUGUGCUAUGCACAUAGGUUGCCUUUAGCUCUAGCUUGGAUUCCCUGUAGUUACUCCAAAGGAGCAAACGAUGAGUUGGUAAAGGUUUAUGGAAAAAACUCAAAGGAAUGUUCUCUUCUUUGCAUAGAAGAGACAUCAUGUUAUGUGAAUGAUAUGGAAAUGGAAGGCUUUGUGAAUGCAUGUUUGGAGCAUUAUCUAAGAGAAGGGCAAGGAAUUGUUGGCAAAGCACUCAUAUCAAACAAACCGUCUUUCUCAUCUGAUGUAAAGACAUUUGAUAUCUGCGAGUACCCUCUUGUUCAACAUGCUCGAAAGUUUGGUCUUAAUGCUGCAGUUGCUACCAAACUGAGGAGCACAUUCACUGGUGACAAUGACUAUAUACUUGAGUUUUUUUUACCUGUAAGUAUGAAGGGAAGCUCAGAACAACAACUUUUGCUGGACAGUCUCUCGGGCACCAUGCAGAGACUAUGUCGGACUCUGAAAACUGUUUCAGAUGCUGAAUCAAUUGACGGUACAGAAUUUGGAUCUCGUAGUGUAGAAAUGACAAAUCUCCCACAGGCUACUGUAUCCGUUGGAAGCUUUCAUACGACAUUUCUUGAUACUGACGUCAACUCUACUCGAAGUACCUUUUCGAACAUCUCCUCUAAUAAAAGAAAUGAAAUGGCAGGUUCUCAAGGCACUCUUCAGCAGGAAAUUAGCGGAGCAAGAAGAUUAGAGAAGAAGAAAAGCAGUACAGAGAAGAAUGUGAGCUUAAAUGUUCUCCAACAAUACUUCUCUGGGAGCUUAAAGGAUGCUGCAAAAAGCCUUGGUGUUUGUCCGACUACACUAAAAAGGAUAUGUAGACAACACGGAAUUAUGAGAUGGCCAUCUCGAAAGAUUAACAAAGUGAAUAGGUCACUAAGGAAAAUACAGACGGUGCUUGACUCUGUCCAGGGUGUAGAAGGAGGACUGAAGUUUGACUCGGUGACAGGGGAAUUUGUAGCAGUUGGCCCUUUUAUACAAGAAUUUGGGACCCAAAAGAGUCUGUCUUCUCAUGAUGAAGAUGCACUUGCAAGAAGCCAAGGUGAUAUGGAUGAAGAUGUGUCAGUAGAGCCUUUGGAAGUUAAAUCUCAUGAUGGUGGCGGUGUCAAGUUGGAGGAGGAUGUUGAAACAAACCACCAAGCGGGACCAGGAUCCUUGAAGAAGCCAUGGACUUGGAUAAGCAAACAGUCUGGCUUGAUCUAUAGUGAUGAUACCGACAUAGGAAAAAGAAGUGAAGAGGUAAACAAGGAUAAAGAAGACCUUUGUGUUCGAAGGUGCUUGAGCUCUGUAGCACUUGCAGGUGAUGGAAUGAAUACAAGAAUCGAGCGAGGUAAUGGAACUGUAGAACCAAACCACUCCAUAUCAAGUAGCAUGUCGGAUUCAUCAAAUAGCUCAGGAGCAGUUUUGCUGGGAAGUUCAUCUGCUUCCUUGGAACAAAACUGGAACCAAAUAAGAACUCAUAACAAUAGCGGUGAAAGCGGAUCAAGUUCAACACUAACCGUAAAAGCCACUUACAGAGAGGACACUGUACGUUUCAAGCUUGAUCCAUACGUUGUUGGGUGUUCUCAGCUCUACAGAGAAGUGGCUAAGCGUUUCAAGCUGCAAGAAGGUGCCUUUCAGUUGAAAUACUUGGAUGAUGAAGAAGAAUGGGUGAUGUUGGUCACAGAUUCUGAUCUCCAUGAAUGCUUCGAGAUAUUAAAUGGUAUGAGAAAACAUACAGUGAAGUUUCUGGUCCGUGAUAUACCGAACACCGCAAUGGGAAGUUCCGCAGGCAGCAAUGGUUACCUCGGAACAGGCACCUAAGCAUCAAUGUUAUUGUGCUUAAAUAUGUACAGAUAAUCUAUGUUUGGUCUGACAUUAGUUACUCAUGUAG